AUGUCGUCGAAAAAAAAGAAGAGACCGUCGGGGAUGUUUGACUUCGGUAAUGUUCUAUCGAAGUUCGAAGACGAGAAAAGAAACCUCGAUGCUAUUCGCGAGCGGUUAAAAGCUGUGAAUGAAAUUGACCUAAGGCGAUUGUUGUCGGACGCGUGUGUUUUGAUGGAGGACGAAGCCCUUCAGUUAUUAGCUUCAAAACUUUCAUUUGAAGGGCUGUUGAAUCUGUGUGACGCCGUUCGACACGUUCCGAAGAAUAUUCCGUGUGUUGUGAAUGGUAUCUUUUGCGAUAUAGUUUUAUAUUUAAACUUUUCGAGAGUUUGCCUUCACAACAUUUGGUGA